GAACGUAGCGUCACAUGACAAAGUCCGCGCAUGCGCCGCGCGGCGUUUCUCCACAUCGUCGCCUGUUCCGCCGCCGACAUGGCAGGAGGUGUGCGGAGAAAGUCUCCCGGCUCCGCGUCCCCGUUGUGGGCGAAGCUUCACUCGCUGUGGCAGGGCAAACAUUUGGUCCUGUUCAAGACGGAAUACACGCUGCUGGUCUUGUCUGUGUUGUGGUUCCUGGAGAUCGGGAUCAACGUGUGGGUCAUACACAAAGUAGCAUACACUGAGAUCGACUGGAAGGCGUACAUGGAUGAAGUGGAGGGUGUUAUCAAUGGCACCUACGACUACACGCAGCUGAAAGGAGACACAGGUCCCCUGGUGUACCCGGCUGGCUUUGUUUACAUCUUCACUGCUCUGUAUUACAUCACCAGCCACGGCGUGAACAUUCGCCUGGCUCAGUACAUCUUUGCUGUUUUCUACCUCGUCACACUGCUGCUCGUAUUCAGGAUCUACCACCGCACCAAGAAGGUGCCUCCCUAUGUGUUCUUUUUUGUGUGUUGUGCCUCCUACAGGAUCCACUCCAUCUUUGUGCUGCGUCUCUUCAAUGACCCGGUGGCCAUGAUGCUGCUGUUUGCAGCUGUCAACCUCUUCAUGGAUGGACACUGGACCCUGGGCUGUGGCCUCUACAGUUUAGCAGUGUCUGUGAAAAUGAACGUGCUUCUUUUUGCCCCGGGGCUACUUUUCCUCCUCCUGUCGGAGUUUGGUCUGAUCAGGACAAUCCCAAAACUUUCUCUGUGCGCAGGAAUACAGCUUUUCCUGGGCCUCCCUUUCCUCCUGGACAAUCCCAUUGGUUAUGUGAGCCGGGCUUUUGAUCUUGGCCGUCAGUUCAUGUUCAAGUGGACAGUCAACUGGCGCUUCCUGCCAGAAUGGCUCUUCUUGAAUCGCUACUUACACUUUCUCCUUCUGGCUGCGCACCUGCUCACCCUGCUGCUCUUCGUCUUCCGCCGGUGGAAGAGGCCUGGAGUAAGCAUCUUCGAACUCCUGAAGGACCCUGGCAAGAGGAAAAUCCCUCCUCAGGAGAACACAGUGGAUCAGAUAGUGCUGAUUUUGUUCACCUCUAACUUCAUUGGCAUGUGCUUCAGUCGUUCGUUGCACUACCAGUUCUACGUCUGGUACUUUCACACCCUGCCUUACCUGCUCUGGAGUGGUGGAGUUGAGAAGCUGGCCCAUCUGCUCAGGGUUUUGAUCCUGGGUCUGAUUGAGCUUUCAUGGAACACGUACCCCUCAACUAACGGCAGCUCGGCGGCGCUCCACGUCUGCCACCUCAUCAUCCUCCUCUGUCUGUGGCUGGCUCCGCCCCUGCGGUCAGCCCCAGCCGGAGCACAACAAACACCUGCCAAGGACAAACGUCAGUGAGCCACAGCCUAAUCGGACCGGACUUCGAAUACGGUCACAUCAGCUUCCGACAGCCCUUCAUCCUCUUCCUCUCUUUGAUCCCCACACCACCGGUACAGAGGGAGGUCACUGGGGUAGACUGAUUGUAUGAGAAUAAAAGGAGCCAUGUGAUGCUUCUCAUCUCAGCUCACUGCUGAAAGUGAAGGAAGUGAGUGUGAGGGUGCAUGUCUGCAGACAAUCGCCUAUAUGAUGAAAUGGGAUGUAGUCAUCCUAUUGCAGUUGAAGCGAUGAAAAGAGAAAGAAAACAUGGAUUCUCAGGUUUCAUUUUCAAAUGCAUAAUUAGUAGAGUGGAGUACAGUGGUAGGAGGAAAUUCUGAAUGUUAUAGUGUUUGGAAAGAAUUUAUUACAUAAGCUAUAUUUCUACUUAGUGAGUUAAAGCUGCAGUCCGCCCAUUAUUUAACUGGCCCUUUCUCGUUCGAUAAUUAUUUCUCGUUCGAUAUUCUGUUAUUAUCCAAAGUCGUUUAAUGUGGCACAAAUAAACUGGCACAUUGUUUUAAUAAAGCAGUAUGUAGAAGAGUGUAAUUUAUAUCCCAUUGACCUAAAACUUAGUACAAAGCUUUACAUAAAUGUGUCAAACUAAAGUGAAGACAGCCAAAGCUGUUUGUUUGAUUUGUUACAUGACAUUCAUCCCAGCACAGAAGUAGAUUUAAUGUGAAAAGUUAGCAGUAGACUGAAACAGCAAAGUUGUAACAUUUUAUAUUAAAGAGAGAUGCCACUUGA